AUGUUUGCUUUCACUAAGGCCAUUCAUAAGAUGCCAUGGACCUCUAAUGCCAGCCACAAAGGGUGCAAGAUUGUAGCUCAGUUCAUGGCAAUGGUCCUUGUGUACAUCAUGGCUGUCUUCAAUUGCAGCAGUCCUCUCCAUGAUCAUUUCAAAGUAGCCAAGACCUUCCCUAGUGCAUGGACCAAGAAGCACAGCAAUAAAGGCAUAUGUCCUCUCCUUCUUGUCUGCUUGGGAUUGGCUAGCACUUGGUCUGGAUGCAUCUGGAAAGGGGAAACCCUCAACAUUGAUUGGAACAUCCUAACAUGCAAUGAGGUUGGGAAACUUCAUCAGAAGAUUAUCAAAAUGCUCUGUGGUCAACAGUUUGGUCCCUAUCAAGCUCAGAUUCUUGGGAUGACAACUCAUACCUACACUGUGAAUCCAGGUGCAUGA